ACUGCUUCCAGUGUCAGUUCUACACAGACAUGGCAGUCCAAAACUCCCUCCAAAUAACUUCUUCUUCUUCUAGUGCUAAUGAUGACGAUGGACGUUCCAAGAGAACUGGAACUGCAUGGAGUGCUGUGUCUCAUAUCAUUACUGCUAUUAUUGGUUCUGGUGUUCUGUCUCUGGCUUGGAGUGUUUCUCGGUUGGGUUGGAUUGCAGGGCCUGUUUUCCUGCUUUUCUGUGCCAUUGUCACCUAUUUUUGUUCCAUCCUCCUUUCUGAUUGUUACAGAACUCUAGAUCCUGUUUCUGGCAAGAGAAACUACUCUUAUAGGGAUGCUGUUAGGACCUACCUUGGACCAAAACGUACAUGGUUGGCUGGUUUCUGUCAAUAUUUGAACUUGUGUGGGACUAGUAUCGCUUACGUUAUUACCACAGCAACCAGUCUGAGGGCAAUUCUGAAGUCAAACUGUUAUCACAAGUAUGGACACCACGCUCGUUGUCACUAUGGGGAAACCUUGUUCAUGGUGCUGUUUGGAGUUGUACAGUUCUUUAUGUCAUUCAUACCAGAUCUCCAUAAUAUGGCAUGGGUUUCAAUUGUUGCUGCAAUUAUGUCAUUUUCAUAUUCUUUUAUUGGACUAGGACUUGGAAUUGCAAAAGUUAUUGAAAAUGGGACAAUUAAGGGAAGCAUAACAGGAGUACCAACUAGUAAUGCUGUUGAAAAGCUAUGGUUAGUGUUUCAAGCACUAGGUGACGUUGCCUUUGCCUAUCCAUACUCAGUCAUUCUCCUUGAAAUACAAGAUACGUUGAAGUCUCCGCCACCUGAAAACCAGACCAUGAAGAAGGCCUCCAUGAUAUCAGUCCUUGUCACUACCUUCUUUUACCUUUGUUGUGGAUGCUUUGGAUAUGCAGCAUUUGGAAGCAAUACGCCCGGAAACUUAUUGACAGGCUUCGGCUUCUACGAGCCUUUCUGGCUUGUUGACUUUGCUAAUGCUUGCAUUGUUGUUCAUUUGGUGGGAGGAUAUCAGAUAUACAGUCAACCAAUAUAUGCUGCUGCUGAUAGAUAUAGUUCUAGAAGGUUCCCAAACAGUACCUUUGUAAACAAAGUUUACCAAGUGAAACUCCCUCUCUUGCCUGUGUUUCAGCUGAGUCUGUUCAGGCUCUGUUUCAGAACAGUGUAUGUGAUUUUCACCACAGGCAUAGGCAUCCUCUUCCCUUACUUCAACCAGGUCCUGGGAGUUUUAGGAGCUUUGAACUUUUGGCCUUUGACCGUAUACUUUCCUGUGGAGAUGUACUUUGUGCAGAAGAAAAUUGGUGCUUGGACUACAAAAUGGAUUGUUCUUAGAUCCUUUAGUUUUGUCUGCUUCAUUAUAAGUGUCUUGGGACUUGCUGGGUCUAUUGAAGGAAUCAUCAAGGCGAAACUCAGCUCAUAGGAUACGAAGAAGAUCAGUUAUUCUACUUUGCGCUGAAGUUGAUGCUCCUAUGAAAGGUAAUCCUAUUCGAAGUACUGUCGGGUACUAAAUGUAAGCACCUUUUUCAGCGGGGAUUCGAACCUUGGUUCGCUAUGUUAUGAGAGACUAACCCCUUCCACUAGACCCAACUCCUGUUGGUAUAUCACACUGAAAUUGCUCGUAUACUUUGAAUAACUUUGUAAGCCUACCUUGUACACUCUUAUAGAUUUUUAUUGAGAGAAUCAGAAAAGAAUAUAAUCACAUAAAAAGCCCAAAUAACAAGCGAGUACCAUGAAUUUGUUAUCA